AUGUCAGAAUUAGUUGAAAAAUUUCAAUCCUUGUCGAUUCAGCAACCUGAUACCCUUUCAAGGGAGCAGCAGGCACAAGCUGCCCAGUGGGACUCCGUAUUGAAGACUGGCCAAUUUCAAGAAAGAUUAGAUGACUUGAAUGUUUUAUUGAGAGACAACAGUUUUAUACUUUCUACUUUGAAACCAACAAUCACAGACGUCAAUGUUUUUGAAGUUUCUUUGCCAUUGGUCAAAGAACAGGUAUUCAGUUCUAAGGAUGUCAAGGGGACCUAUACGAAAUACAGACACAUUUUAAGAUGGAUUGACUAUUUGCAGAAAUUGCUGAAGGUUUCUGAAGAAGGUCAAUUAAAAAUAUCUUACGACAUCGACUUACCUCGUGAAGUUAUCGAAAAGAAAAAGAAGAGUGCAGAGGCCAAGAAGGGUUCAGAGGAAUCUCAAGGAGAUAAAAAAUCGUCGAAGAAAGAAAAGCCACCUACUAAAGAGAAUGAAAAUGGUGAUAUAAAACCCAAGGGUAAACCAGAUGAAGAAACUUUGAAAAAAUUGAGAGAGGAGGCAAAGGCGAAGAAAGCUGCAAAAAAAGCUGCAAAUGCCAAUCAGCAACAGCAACAGCAAGCUAGUGCUAACGAAAAGCCGAAGCCUUCUGUUAUUGAUUUCCGCGUUGGUUUUAUUCAAAAAGCUAUCAAACAUCCAGAUGCUGACUCAUUGUAUGUUUCAACAAUUGAUUGUGGUGAUGAAGAAGGUCCAAGAACAGUUUGUUCUGGUUUAGUAAAGCAUUUCUCAUUAGAGGCAAUGCAAGAGCGUUAUGUUGUUACUGUUUGUAACUUGAAGCCAGUUAAUAUGAGAGGAAUAAAAUCCAGCGCGAUGGUGCUAUGUGGUUCAGAUGAAACAAAGGUCGAAUUUGUUGAACCACCAGCUGGAUCAAAAGCUGGUGAUAAAGUUUUCUUCGAAGGAUUUGGUGAUGAAGAACCAUUAAAGCAAUUAAACCCCAAAAAGAAGUUAUGGGAACAAUUACAACCACAUUUUACCACAACUGAAGAUUUAGAAGUCGUUUUCAAAGACGAUGAAGAUAAGGAAGCUCCAGUUAGAAAAUUAACGAACAAGAAUGGUGAUUCUUUCAAAGUUGUUUCUUUGGUAAAUGCUCAAGUUCGUUAA